UCUUUACCAGGGCUCACUGCUGUGGUGAACUUUCUCACUUGACUUUCUGUUUGCACCAAACCACAAUCUGCCAGGUGCUGAAUAAAAGCAAGGCAGAGACAGAGGCGGAGAAGUGCAGUCAGCUUCUCACCAAGAGGACCAUGCUGUCUCCGAGCCUUGCUCUCCUGGUGUUCAUCUUCACCGCCAAGUCAGGUGACGGAGCCCAAAUCAUUGGAGGGACAGAGGUGACCCCUCACUCCCUGCCCUCCAUGGCUCUGGUCGAAGCCAGAGAUGAAAAGGGAAACCAAUUUAUCUGUGGCGGGACCCUCAUCCACCCGAAAUGGGUCCUGACUGCUGCACACUGUGCACGCAAAGAGAUGAAAGUGACUCUGGGGGUUCACUCUAGAGAAAGUAAAAAGGAGGAGCCCUUCCGUCAGCUCAGACGAGUGACCCACCAGGUGAUCCAUCCUGGCUACGAUGAGAGUGUUCCUUUCAAUGAUCUCAUGUUGCUCCAGUUGCAGUCACCUGUGAAGGAAACAAAGGCUGUGAAAUGUGUGGACUUCAAUGCUAUGAUCAAAAAGCCUCCCAAAAUCCCCCGAGCUGGCAAGACCUGCUUGGUGGCUGGGUGGGGGCGCACUGGCUAUGAUGAGAACCUGUCUGAUGCACUGAGGUCUGCUAAUGUGAAGGUGAUUUCCUUGAAGACGUGCAACUCUGCAGACUAUUACAACCAAGACCCAGCGAUCAACAAGGAUGUGGUUUGUGCCGGAUCCGAUGGAAAGAAGCAACUUGGUGUCUGGAAGGGCGACUCCGGCGGUCCUCUGAUGUGCAACAACAUGCUGGUUGGAGUCACUUCUGUCGGAAAAGAAUUCAUUCCCAGAUGGCUGUCGUCAGUGCACGCCACAAUGUUCUUCACAGCUCUUCUCGCUUGUGUUCUCGUAUUUGGGUCAAGUCAUGGCGCUGACAUCAUCGGCGGGAAGGAAGUCGCACCUCACUCUCUCCCCUUCAUGGCUCUGCUGGAGAUCAAGGUACCUGAGUGUGGCGGGAUUCUCAUCAACUCAAAAUGGGUUCUGACCGCUGCUCACUGUGGACGAAUUAAAAAAGUCAUUUUGGGGCUUCACUCGAUCAAGAGUGAGGAGCAGGAGGUGGGCUACAGGCAGGUCCGAAAAGUCUCCCACAAGGAGAUCCACCCCUGCUACAAUGAGGAGGAAAAGGUCAACGACCUCAUGUUACUGAAGCUGAACAAAGCUGUGAAGCCGACCACGUGGGUCCAGUGGCACACUCUGGGGAAAACCACCACAGACCCGAAGGCUGGCACCGAGUGUCUGGUGGCCGGCUGGGGAAAAACCAACAACAAAAGCCCACGAGGGUCUGACGUGCUGAUGUCCACCAACGUGACCGUGAUCGACAGGCAGAAGUGCAACUCUCCGGCGUUCUACGACCUGAACCCGGUCAUCACCAAAGGCAUGAUCUGUGCCGGUUCUGUGGGGAAGGUCCGGCGCGACACGUGUUCAGGCGACUCCGGCGGCCCGCUGCUGUGCAACGGUGCUCUCGUCGGGAUCACGUCUUUCGGACGAGACUGUGGCGUCUUGGACAAGCCCGGCGUGUAUGGGUUUCUCUCACAGAACCAACUGGAAUGGAUCAUGAAGACCAUCAAGAAAUAAAACCUCCACCUCCAGCUUGACCUCUAACUGAGCCCUUCUCUUUUUUGAAUUGUUAUUUUUCUUCUGUUCUUGUUCAUGUAGACAGUGUGUUGGAGUUGUUUUUGUGAAGACGUUUUUGUUUCUACAAGUCCACUUGACGACGGUCAUGGAAGUCUGUGGUUACUUCAUUAAUCUCUAUUAUUUUGACCAUCUUUUAAAACAUUUUUAAUGUAUUUUUCUAAAUGUCCCAUGUGCCAAUGAUGAUGAUAAUUAUUGUUAUUAAUAUUCCAAUGCUUCAUUUUCAUCUUUCGCAUUUUAACAUUUGUAUUCUCAUUGAAUAUAAUAAACA